UCACACUGCCAACUAGAGGGAGCAGCAACAAAGAGUCCACAGAGGAUUUAACAAAUCAUGCUACUGCUCCUGGUCUCUGUAUCCAUUGCCAAUAUGCUUUUUUCUGCUGGAGUUGUUUGCAUGCCACUACCAAACCAGGGGCCCCACAUAGCCAAUGGCUGGGGCCAGGUCAUCCGGCUCAGGCAUCUUUACGCUGCCAGACCAGGACUGCACUUGCUGAUCAGUGGGGAUGGACAGAUCCACGGCUCUGUGGACCAAACACUGUACAGCCUGCUGGAGAUCCGUCCCGUGGAUCCAGGCUGUGUUGUCAUCAGAGGUACAGCAACCGCACGCUAUCUCUGCAUGGAAGGCGACGGAAGACUGUACUCAUCGUACACCUACAGCAGAGAUGACUGCACCUUCAGAGAGCAGAUUUUGCCGGACGGGUACAACAUCUAUGUCUCUGACAGACACGGAGCCCUGCUUAGUCUGGGAAACCACCGGCAGAGACUGCAGGGUCGAGACAGAGGCGUCCCAGCUCUGGCCCAGUUUCUACCCAGGAUCAGCACCUUGGAUCAGGCUUUGUACCCUGCACUGGAUGUCCCUGACCAGCCGGGACAGAGCGCAGCCCAAACAGAAGAACCUGUGGACGCAGUGGACUCGUUUGGAAAACUCUCUCAAAUCAUUCACAGUCCCAGCUUCCACAAGAGAUGAGACAGCAGCUUUGGGACACCAGAGUGUCCUGCUUUGUCUGAGGCCUGAAACCGUGCACUCCUCCCUGUAUGUUGUAGAACCAGGGACUGACUGCAUUUCCAGCAAGCCUGCACCCGGAAAGGUUGUUGUGACAUCCUUCCAGCACUGUCCUGUCAGACAUGACCGAACAGAAUAUAAGUGCAGUGUCCUACAGAGUGGAGAAUGACACCUGUACUGAGUUUAGUGUUCCAUCUUGUCAUUUUCAGUAACAACUUUUACAUUUACUGAACAAACAAGGAGUGGUGUGUUUGACAUUCUGGUUUGUUUGGGAUAAAGGUAAGGUGACAGCACCAGUAACCAUAGAUGAACCAAGAGCAGCAUCUAUAGAAACUGGAAAAAGGAAAAGAAUCGCACAAUAUUAGUCACACUGUUUGAUUCAAGUAAGUGCAGCGCCACAUAAAGAGCACUAAAAAUGUGACCAGAUAUGUUGUCUAUUAUGAUUGUUUGUCAUUUAAAGGCGUUCAAUUAUGCUUUCCCUUAUGCUACAAUUACAGUUACUGUUCAUAUUAAACAUGGCCAAAGUUUCAAAUAAUGAGGUAAACAUAGAGGUUGUUCAGUAUGUCUCACAGAAAGAGCUUUUCAGUAGAAGUAGAAGUAUAUUAAAAAGAACUGGAUUGAGCGUUGGCGGCGGACUUCAGUCAUUCCUACAUAUGAAUGCUGCUCAGUGGCGCAUGACAAAUUACCAAGAUCUUCCUCAUAUGCUUCUGCAUCAUAUGGCCCAUAGAGCAGACACACUAGACAUCCACCUCCCAAGCCAUUAACUUCCAGUUUAGCCCUAACUUCCAGUUUGGCCAUUUGCUAACUUGAAUGGAGAUAAAAUGAUGUCACUGUAUGGUAAAGAGAGGACACAGACAGAGGCAAAGGUGUACAGCAACAACAAUAACAGCAACUACACUAGUAGAAAUUACUAAUAAUUAUGAUGAUGAUGAUAAUUGCUACCCCUCAGCAGGCUUCCGGAAAAUGAGCCAAUCAGAAGAAAGUUGACUCUUAGAGAGGGUGGCCUUAAAGAGACUGGACCUAAAGUGGCUGGAGGUUAGACAGAGGAUGAACUGAGGGGCUGUAUGAAGGGCCAGUAUAAGAGAAAUAAGGAUGUUUUUGAACUAUAGAGCUAGAAAUUAGCAUAAUAGGUCCCAUUUAAUACAGUCUUUCUUUUUAGAACAGUAUUUCCCACAGUGCUUUGAACACAACAAAAAUCUCAGGGUGUAUUGCCUUAGUAACUUUGCUACCUACUGUCUUCUUGCAGUAUAAUUGUUGUAUUUAUUUGGUAGUUUAAAUGUCCAGCAGUUUCAAUGUGAAUAUGUUGUAUGCUUUAUUGAACGCACCUCUGCAUUUUAUUGUAUGUGUUCAUGUACAUUUUGGGAAGAGUUAUUAUAAUAAAGCAUUCUAAGCAGGGUCACUGUGUGUGAUUAAUGA